AUCAUGAGAGGGGGCGGGGCUUCCUCGUUACCGCCCAUCGGUGGCUGGUCAGAGGUCUAGGUGUCCCUUAGCGUGAUCCCGGUUCCCGUUCACACAGAACGCGAUCCUGGGUUCCCAGCCCACAGUCGACUGCCGGUGGCUUGGUGCUGCCGAGGAUCGGGAGCACGCGAGGUCGUUCCCACGGCUGCGAGGAGGGUUUCCCUAGACCGAGGCGCGGAAACGGGGUGCCCCGGCCUCCCGCCCGCUGCCCGCCCGUUCUUCGCGGUAGCGAACGCCGCGCGCUCUGUACGAUGGGUGCCAACGAGGACCAAGAGAUGGAACUAGAAGCUUUACGAUCUAUUUAUGAAGGAGAUGAAAGUUUUCGGGAAUUAAGUCCAGUUUCCUUUCAAUAUAGGAUAGGCGAAGACGGCGACCCCAAAGCCUUCCUGAUAGAGAUUUCCUGGACAGAGACUUACCCACAGACGCCUCCCGUCAUAUCUAUGAAUGCCUUUUUUAACAACACCAUCUCCUCGGCUGUAAAGCAGAGCAUCUUAGCCAAGCUGCAAGAAGCAGUAGAAGUCAACCUUGGCACCGCCAUGACCUACACACUGUUCGAGUACGCUAAGGACAAUAAAGAGCAGUUCAUGGAGAACCAUCAUCCUGGGAACUCUACAACGCCUGUAGCCAAUAUCAUCUCGGUUGAAACUCCCAGCACAGCCCCCUCAAGUAAGAAAAAAGACAAGAAAGAACAACUUUCCAAAGCUCAGAAACGCAAGCUGGCAGAUAAAACAGAUCACAAAGGGGAACUCCCUCGAGGCUGGAACUGGGUUGACGUUGUGAAGCAUUUAAGCAAAACUGGCUCUAAAGACGACGAGUAGCAAGCGCCUGCCAUCUAAUCGAGAACAGCCUUUGGAAAGCCGCCCGGCUCAGCAUCUCUCCUUACUUUUCUUUCUGGUACUGGGUGGCUUUUUACAGGACAUGUUCUUUUGUGUGUGUGUCUUGAAAAACAUAAGUGGAAAGUCCAUGAAGAGGUUUGGCUGUCAUAAAUUACCUUCACAAACUUGCCUUAAUAAAAGGUCAAAGUAUAACUUGUUCAGAGUACUUUCUGAAGCCGUUGAGGUCAUCGCCAGUGGAUGGCUCCACAGAGUGAAGUCAGUGGUGACUUAACCAUCUGAUCCAAGUGAUGUGAUCAUUUUUAAAGGCCAACAAAGCUGUGUUUGAACUCUCAGUUCAGUAGAGCCCAGUUCUAAGUCUCUGACAUUCCGCAGCAUGACCCAUGAUAGGCGUCACCUCCUUUUGCUUAGAUAACAAAGCAUAAGUUGCCUCAGAGAAAUCUGAGUACUGGUGUUGGGCUUUAUGUGAUUCUCUUUGUAGUUCCUCUUUAUUUUCAAUAGUGAAUUGUUUCUCCUUAAUAAAUUGAUAGCUAUUUAUACUUUUGUCUUGGAUUGGAUGCAGGUGUGUGAUCAUGAGUGUUUUCAAUUAUGUAAAAGAAUAUAAGAAGAAAACUGAGGGGCUGGGGAAGUGGCUCAGUGAGUCACUGUGCAAGCCUGAGGACCUGAGUUCAGAUCUCCAGCACCCACAUAAAAAGCCGGGCAUGCACUUGAAACCCAGAGCUGGGGAGGCAGAGACAGGAGGAUCCCCGUGCUUGCUGGCCUGACGUCUGGCUGAAUCAUUGAGCUCCUGGUUCAGGUAGAGAGCAAUAGGGGAAGACAUAUAACAUAAACCUCUGGCCUCAACCAACAAGCACAUAUGCAUACACCCAUUUGCAUACACAUACAAAUACCAGAUACACUUGCAUGUAUGACCAUACACCAAACAAAACAAAAACAACCAAUUUGCCAAAUACUUUAGAAAAGCAUUUGAAUAAGUGCUAGCUAUUAUUUUAAGAUAUUUUUCUUUGCUGCAUAGGUCAGGAUGACAGUAUAAGAUGCCUUAAUAUUUAAUGUUUGUAUUGUUGGAGACAGUGGUUUUAAUAAAUUCCUAAUACUUGCUAUUGUGAUGUUUUGUUGUUGUUUAGUAAUCAGUCUUGCAGUGGAGUGAGCAUAAAACAUACUUCAAAUAUAGGGGGGUGGAUGCUUGGUUUUUGUGGAGGGUUUGUUUUUGGUAAGUUUGUUUUUUUAUAGUGUCUUUUCAAGUAUCCAAAUGUGUUUCCUAAUCUCAGUGUCUUUUCAAUAAUAUAUAUCCAAUCUUUGACAUGCAGAACAUUGUUAUACAUGCUUGGUUUUUAAAAUCAUUAGGAAAGGAAACUUGCUGUAGUUUUACUAGGAGAGGUAUUGGUGUGUGUGUGUGUGUGUGUGUGUGUGUGUGUGUGUGUGUGUGUUACAGUGACUGUGUGUGCUUCCAUGUUGUUAGAACACCAAGCUGUACUGUGUAGUUUAUAUCAGGUUUUAAAGAACAAUUAACUUUCAAAAAAGUUAUCUUAGCAUAAGAGCAUAAGAACAGAUAUAUCGAUGGAUUUCACAGAGUUACCCCUUGGCUCUGGUUAAACUGUAUAAGCUGUAAAGUAAGUGAGUUUGCUCACACCUGUAGUCACAGUGAAAAAGUUUGCUCAUGCCUGUCUUGUUUUCUAGAUGAAUAUUGGAGAUGCCUAGCUUUUCUUUUCAAGCUUCUGUUUGUGCAGUUUUUAUUGUCAUCUUGAUGUGUUAGAUUUUUUUUUUUAAAGAAACAUCUUGUAAUAGAAAAAAAGUAUUUUGUUCUGUUCUAAAGGUCAUUUCUCUGGUCAAAGUUAUUGUGGUUCUUAGAUUGCAAAGAAUAAUGCUAGUUAAAUGCCAAUGAACUAUUUUUACUCUUUUUCUAUGAAAUGUAUAGAUCUCUGGGGCAGAUGGUGGCAAUGUAUCCCUUGUUACCGUAUAAACACUUGAACACUUGCAUCAAAAAUAAUGCUGAUCUGAUAAUGCUCCCAGUAUAUUUUCUCAAAGUCUGUUUACUUAAAAUUGUAUGAGAUGACAUGACUAAUAAGCAAUAAAGUCUGAAUUAUAGUGA